CAUCAUCAUUGUAUUUGGCUAAUAUACUGAAUGAAACAGCUAAACCAUAACAUAAUUCAACUCGUGAACAAAUUUAUAUUCAUCUUCAUGGCAAAACGGGGGAGAUUGACUAAACACUACUGACAUUCUCGAGAAACAGAUACGUGUCCCCAUAGGCCUUGAGCUUGGGAAACUCUGGGGAAACUUUGAAGUGAUAUUAGUAUAAAGCUAUCCACUACACUGCUGCUGGUAAUAGGAUGGUGGACUAUCCGGACACUGUGCGUGUUCAGAACGAGGAUACGAUGACUUUCGAGCCCCAGCUCCGGAUCAUCAAAAUCCGAGGACUCCAAGACGACAAAAUACUCAAAGUACCCACACACUGGCAUGAAAAUCAUGACGAAAUAAUCACCGUCCUGGAAGGAAAGCUGAAAGUUAUCUUGAGUGGAGAGAUAAUUAUCUGCACUCCCGAAAGCGGAGAAGCUCUUGUACCGCGAGGUGCUCCUCAUUCUUUGGAAAGUUUCAAAGGUGUACCGUGUGUAUUCACUGAACGGACGAACCCCAAAGACUUUGACACGAAAGAGUUAUUCUUCCGAAACUUCUUUUCGCUACCAGGUGGUCCGGACUCAGCUGGAUUAUUAUCAAUUAUGCAAGUCUUCUACCAUGGAGAUAUGUAAACUGUCUUUCCGAUUCAUCUUGGGUGGCUGGAAAAAGCUUUCGUUAUAAUUUUUGGUGGCUAUAUUGCCCCUCUCGUAGGGUAUCAACUCAAGUAUAAAAAUUUGAAAAAGGUGUCAUGACGGUGUUUCAUCUUGUUUCGCAGUCAAGUGU